AUGACAGGUGUUCUGUUGUCUACUGUAUACAGAUAUGUUGCUCAAUUAAAAAAAGAUGGGAAGUUAGAACCACUUCCGCGCUCAGGAAGGCCUAGAAUAUCGAGUCCGAAAAAACAGCGUCAAAAGGUCGUAUGGUUCAAGCAGAUAAUUAUACAAACAGCCAAGAGCUUGCCACAAAACUCAUUGAAUCUAAUCCCUGGUUUGAAUGUCUCACGAAUACAAUAUCCAGAGAGCUUUCUCGGCUUCAUUAGAAGCACUGUAAAUGCUGAUACUAAGAAGCAGAGCUUCGAGGCUCUGCCUCAUAUUGCGCCUUAUUUAGCGAAUGGUGUGUAA